AUGACAAUGACAAUGGAAAGAGUAGUCGAAGAGAAUGGCAAGAUGAGAGGGGUUGAGUACACUAAAGAUGGAACAGUUGACCUUAAGGGUAAUCCUGUUUUAAGAUCAAACACAGGGAGAUGGAGAGCAACCUCCUUCAUUGUAGGGUAUGAAGCAUUUGAGAGGAUGGCGUUUUAUGGAAUAUCAACAAAUCUAGUGUUGUAUCUCACAAGAAAACUACAUGAAGGAACUGUGAAAUCUUCAAAAAAUUUCACCAACUGGGUUGGCACUGUCUGGCUGACACCCAUUUUAGGUGCCUACUUUGCGGAUGCUCAUCUUGGCCGUUACUGGACUUUCAUCAUUUCAGCCUUCAUCUAUCUUGGGGGCAUGUCCUCGCUGACACUAGUAGUUUCAUUAAAAUCUCUCCGGCCACCAUCAUGCGGUGACAGUAUAAAAGACAUGGACUGUGACAAGCAAGCUUCACCUUUUCAAGUGGGUAUCUUCUAUUGUGCAUUGUACAUAAUUGCACUCGGAACUGGAGGGACAAAGCCCAACAUCUCAACAAUGGGUGCAGAUCAGUUUGAUGAAUUUGAGCCAACAGAAAAAACCCAGAAGAUAUCAUUCUUUAAGUGGUGGGUCUUCAGUAUCUUCUUCGGCACACUUUUUGCCAGCACUUUCCUAGUCUACAUACAAGAUCAUGCCGGCUGGGGACUUGGAUAUGGUCUUCCAACAAUCGGACUCUUUUUAUCAAUAUUGGUGUUUCUAGCAGGCUCGCGUUAUUAUAGGCACCAACCUGCAUCUGGAAGCCCAUUGACCAAGAUGGCUAGAGUUCUUAUAGCCACUAUUAGAAAAUGGAAUGUGGUUGUCCCGGAUGAUUCAAAAGAACUACAUGAGUUGAAUUUGGAUGUCUUGUUGAACAUUUGGGAGGACUAA